GGCGCUUAUUUUAGGCACUUUGUCUGUAAUGGUUUAUUUGACAUGAGAUACUGUCUGGAGUCGUUUAAGCUGACGAAUGAUGAGAAGAAGAAAGUUGAAGAGUUUCUUUCACUUAUCCAAAGCACUCAAAGUUCUCCUGAGUACCAACAGCUAGCCUUCAACGUUUUGGCUGCGCGAAAGUUUUCUGUCCCACAAGCCUUGGAGUUGUACCACAGUUAUCAGACUUUUCUGGCUAGUGAACAGAUUACCCAUGUAGAUCCUUUUGAAGAAGAUAUUAGACGUGAAUUAUUAUCAGGGAAGUUCGUUAUAUUGAACGAUAAUGACAUUCCUGGUGUUCGUGUGGCUCAGUUUUUCGUUAGGUUGCAUCGAAAAUCAGGAAAUCAUCGAGCUUUAUUACACAGUAUCAUAUUUCAGUUGGAUGCUGCAUUGAAAAGAGAAACAGCUGCCAGAAAUGGUUUGGUCUUCAUUUUCGAUAUGACAGAUUCCAAAUAUUCUAAUUUUGACUACAAUUUUUCUUGCAAAUUGUUUAAAAUGCUACGAUGUUCCUACCCUGUACGUCUUCGACGUGUAUUGGUCCUAACUGCUCCUCUCUGGUUCCGCGCUUCUUUUUUGUUAAUGAGAGUGUUUAUUCGAGAGUUAUUCCAGGAUUGUGUAUAUGUACUACGACCUUCACCUGGAACAAAACUAGAAGCACUUUGUCAUCCCGAUCCUGUUACUCUGAAGCGUGAUCAUUAUGCUUGGCUUCAAACUGCCUUAUUACGAACGGGAUGGUUGAUGACAGAAACUGAACAGGCUACAUUACCCAAUGAUCAUCGCGUUCAAACAGCUGCUGCUUUCUUUGGCCCACCUUCAGAUUCUAGUGGAUCAAUAUCCGAUUCGAGUGAUUCAGAAUUUCGUGAUGAUGAUUCCUUAUCCAACAGUCAAAUAGAUGAUGAUGACUUAAUAAGUAUUGGAGACUUGGAUCCAUUUUCAUUGACCGGUUCGUAUUCAGGUGAAGCUGAAAGUUCUGAUAUGGAGGAAUGUACACCUGACGUAAUCAUGGAAACAUUGCCAACAUCUAACUUGGAGAAGACAAACGAUACUAAUUACAAUCCAAAGUUAGCCUUCAAUUACUCCGAAUCACGUACAUAUGAUCAGAAACGUCAAACAUUAUCAAAUUCAGAACAUGGUGGAACACCUACCCCUCCAACAGUUGCUAAACGUCAACAACUAACAACUAUGCAGAGUUUCAAUGAUCCUACUGUUAAAUUGUUAGAUCGUUCAGACUCAUAUCCAGCUGCUAGUCGUCCGUCAACUGUAACUACUUCUGGUGAUAGCCAUAGUAUAGGUUUUGUCGAAGAUGUCUCAUCAAUACGCGUUGAUCCUGUCACACCUACUGCAGACAACUCUGUUGAUUCUCCAUCAGGUUCUGAAAUCUUCACUGCUAAACAAAGUUCACUCAACUUUAAGAAUGCAGCUGAAGUUAAUUCAUCUUGUUCAUCUACACCAUCUUUUUUUUCAACUGGAUCUGCUAGUGUGCAUUCUACAAAAUGCAGCCCAACAAGCGAUAAAAUUGUUAGCAAUUUACUAACAUCAGGUAUACCAAAAAGUAGUUCUGAAAAACAAGCAUCAUCAAAGUUUAUACAGAAGAUCUCAGUUUUAUCAACUUCCAAAGAUCAAGAUUUACCUCUAGCAGAUGCUGAAUUUCUUGAUUCAACAAAUUUUCCUCAUAUGCGAAAUAAAUCUGCACCACUUGCACAAGAUGAAAUCGGUGAUCGAACUAUUUGUAAUAAUGAAAACCGUCGUCAUAUAUUUCACGAAAUUACUGCAUAUACACUUAAAACUGAUAGUGUUGAUCGUUCAGGAAAUAUUCCACCUUGGGCAGUUGGACGACCACAGGGUGAAUCUAUUCAUCAAUAUGAUGAUACUGUACUUCCGUCUGCAUUGUCUUCUUUAAAUGAUAAAACCACCCGUGUAAAUGAGAUGGAUUCAGCGUACAUAGGACAUUUAUUUUCUUCAAGUUUGGAUAAAUUUCCUGAAUGUGAUUUAGUAUCUUCUAUUCAUACCUCUACUACUACUACUUGCACUGCUAAUGCUACUGGCAAUAAUAACACUUGUGCAUCUAUCGCGAAUUCAACUAUUAGUCAUUCUGAAAAUGAUGACCACCGUGAAGCUUUAUUAUUAGAAAGACAAAAGACAUAUGAUGAGAUUGAUGCCAAUAUGAUUGAGAUAAACAGCACUACAUCUAGCAGUACCGAAGAGAUAUCUGAUAUUGGUGAUGAAGAAGAGGAAUUCGAGGUUGAAGGGGAAGACGAUGAUGAUGAGGAGGAGCAGGAGGAGGAGGGAACUCAAACAAUAAAUAUGCAGGAGCAUUGGAUGAAUCCAGAUGAAUUGGUUCAACACAUCAAAGCUGUCGGUUUGAAUGGAUUGAAUUCAGAGUAUGCUGCUCUUGUCAAAUUGAAAAAUGAUGACACACAUGUCGCCUUCAAACAUAUUCUCAACCGGAAUAAGAACCGUUAUUGUGAUGUAAUUUGCAAUGAUGCAACACGUGUCUAUCUAAAACCAUUGUCGAAUAUUUCGGGAAUUUCAUGUGAUCGUAGUAAUGAGGAACCAGUUUCAUUUCGUAAUCAGAGGUCGUUUUCUUCACGUCUUCAUCGUACGCAUUCAGCACCGAUUUCUACACACACAUUGGUAAAAAAUUAUAUACAUGCAAAUUGGGUUGAUGGUUAUCGACAGAAGAAUGCUUUCAUAUGUACUCAGGGUCCAUUGUCUGAAACUGUUGGGGAUUUUUGGCAAAUGAUUUGGGAUUAUCAUUGUCCUAUUAUUGUUAUGAUUACAAAAAUUCUUGAAGCUCAACGUGCAAAGUGUUACUUGUAUUGGCCAGAUUCAGAAAAUCAAAAAUUAUAUUUCAGUUCUGGUCAUCCAGGUUGUCUAGUUUCACCGUCUAGCCGAUCUAAUGAUGGCAAGUUCAAAAAGCCUGAUACAUUUCCUGACUUUUCAAUUGAAAAUAUAAAAUGCGAAAGUACUGGGAAUUUCGCCCAAACAACUUUGCGAUUAACAAAUUUACAGCUGAAUGAAGCGAGGACUCUUGAACACUUUGCCUUCUUUUCAUGGCCUGAUCAUGGUACACCUCAAACAACUGGAGGUUUACUAGAUUUACUCACCUCCGUUCAGUCUACAUAUUCCAAAGAAAUUGAGCGAAUGGGAUAUAAAUCUUAUGAAGACCAAGAAAUACCACCCCCACCAGUUGUUGUUCACUGUAGUGCAGGGAUUGGUAGGACGGGUAUGUUUUUAUGUUACUAAUGGCAAAUAUGUGUUGUUUAAUUUUGAAUAACAUUGUUUUGAUAAUUUUCGUGUAGAUUGCUAGAAAAUGAACAAACCAUAUGGCUCUAUGCUCUCUUCUUCUCAGACGAGCUGAGAGGUGUUUUCGAACUCCUCUGUCACUGUACGAAUAACUUACUUAAGCCAUCCAUUGGUGCACUAUAAUAUUAAGGAAAUGUUACCUCGACCAUGCAAUUCCAUGUGCAUUUAUCUGUUCACCUGCUGCUGUGGAGCUAGGUGCAUAGAAGGUUCAUUGGAGGAACAUGCUGCGCCUCAUUUGAAGAUGAUUUCCAACUUGACUGGGUAAAGGAGAGCACAAAGCAAUUACCUCAUCUGUAUUACAACACUUAUGAAAUAAUAACUACUCUGCAUCCCUCAGCAUCGAUUCCAAGGUCUAACAUUUGUAAAAAUAGAACUUGGGCACUGUGGUAGAGUAUAAUCCCAUCAUGGAGAUAAUUUAUUGGAUAGUCUCACAGUGUUAUACAUUAAUAGUUACUGAUAAAGUUUAGGGUACAAUUUAUUGCUUAUAAUCAUAUCAAGGUAACAAAGUUUGCCAAGAGAUACACAAACAUACUUGCUUAACAUAGAGGAAUGCUUGGUAAUACAUAACAUGAAACCAGAACUUUGUAUACAAAUAAUAAUUUGUGCAAUGUCCUCCAUUGCCUUGGAAUUAAUUUUUAUCUUGUGAAACAGAGGAAUCCCUAUUGAUUGCUUUAUAAUUCAAAACGUUUUCGUUAACAUUUUAUAUUACUGAUAAGCGGAAACGAUUUUGUUUGCUGGACCAAAAAUUACGUUCAUUUUUGAAUUCAUUAGUUAUUGUUCAAAAAGUAUUGGAGUGUUCAGCUUUUACAUGUACACUUUUCUUCAGUAUUAGGAUUUCCAGGAAAAUUGCUUAUGAUUAGGUAGGUUAAUUUUAGUGUUCGUUUGCAAUACAUGUACCUUGACUGAAUUAUUGAAUUUUCAACUUGGAACUUUAAAGAAAAUUGCAGCAGUUCAAGUUACCACACUCUAUUUUGCACACAAACAUAACGAAAAAUAAAAAUACAAAGAAACUACAGUAAACGGAAAUAUACAGCUGAAAAAAAACAGGUCUAUGGAGAGUAAUGAGAAUUCAGUGGAUUUAGGAGUUCAUAAAGACCGAAUACAUCUGAGGCAUUGAAGAUGUUUCUUUGUCAUGUUACCAACAGCCUUUAGCCACUGGUUUAUAGCGUCUCAAGCCACACAGACAAUCUUUUACGGCUCAAAAUAACAGUCGAACACUUCAUGAAUUGAUGUUUUGAUUUGACCGGUUCUAACUCUGUUCCAACUUAAUCUGUCAGCUGACAUUGCUUGUCAAUUGAAGCAGUGGUUUCAUAUACGUAACACGUCUGAUAGACAUCUCAGUCGGUGCAGCUUCAUAACGUAAUCGAUCGACCUUCCUGUGAUAUGAUUUUAGGUUUAGAGGUUCAUCUCUAUGGGUUGAAAGGUGUGAGUUUGUUACAUUUUUUCGCCUAAGAUUGCAGACAUGAUGUAGAAGCACCGUUUGUGGCAUCAGAAAUGCGUCACACUUUUUAUUAACUUUUCUGUGCUUAAAUAUUUCAUGUCUUAAGGCGCCCUUAACUCGAAAAAGGUAUCUGUAGUCGGGAUGUAGGCUUCAAUGUAGAACUCACCUCCUUUGAAAAGCAAGUGAAGAUCAUUUUUUUGUUCAGAACGAAAUUUAGGAUUGUUACCUACACACACAGAUAUGCAUUUGACUGGGAUAUCUUAAUGACCACCUGACGUUUACUGACAAGUACUUAUAAAAACCUCAUGAGAAAACAGUUAAUAUGCUGUCAGAUUGUUUUGACCUAAUGAAGUUAGCGGACCUUAGAUAGUAUCACGCUAUGUGUAAAACUUUGUGUGUGUGAUAUUCUGUAUGACUUCCACACUACUGAGGCGUGUACCACAGACAAAAUUUACAAGUAGUAUGUAGAUACAGGUAUGAAUAUGUAUUUCAUCUACAAGGAUGUCUAAUAGCGGAGAAAUGGAUUUGAUGGCACAGAGAAAAAAAGGAAUGAUUCUUGUGAAACAACAUAGAAAACAUGAAAGGAAGAUAAGGAGGCACAAACACAAUAUGAAAGACAUGUGCAAAUUGUGAUUUUGUUAUGUGGUAGAUGUAUUUUGCCUUAUCCUUACAUUGAUUCGCAAAUAAAUAAUUCUGUUAUCAAAUACUCUUGUGUUCUACCGUUACACUACUAUUCAGUUUGGGAGUCCGAAAUCAACAAAGGUUGUCUGUGAUUCAAUGGUAACAUACUUGCCAACAACGCAUGUGGUCGACGCAUCCCCCAAAUCUCGUAAGCCCCGAAGCAGAGGGAAGCUAGCAACUCCACACCUUGAAAACAACACCAUCACUACUGAAACUCCAAAACUUAAGCUUGAAACUAAACAAAGGAAGUAUUUCAUCAAUUAUGAAUAGGUGUUUUUUUUAUUGGAUAUACAAAAUUCAAAUGAAUUUACAGUGAACACCUUAUGCGGUUUUAGUUAAAUCGCUACUCAGUGUAUUACAUUUUUAAUCUUUGAUCUUUAAGUUAAUUUAAAACAGCAGUCUGUUGUCAAGUCGCAUAAAAAGCUACAGUUGUUGGUAACUUUACUAGACGUCUUUUCCAGUUGGCUGUGUGUGUGUGUGAUCAGCAACUAGCUUAAUUUUAGUAGUUCGGUUAUUAUGUCAUUCUAUUGUAUUCUUGGUUUUUUUUAUCCUGUUGUCUUGAUCCCUCAGCGACUUUUUACACAUGUCUAGUCGCUUUCUCCCUCUGUCUCUCUUUGUUUUGAUCCCUUUUGAAGAGUAUUAGUUGUAUAUUAUUCAUUUUUUGCAUAACUCUCCCUGAUCGUUUCAUUUCUUGUCUCUUCUUCACCACCACCUAGUCAUGCUUUUGCAUGCGUUAUUAGUUGGGAGGAAUUUUAAGGAAUCUGUUGUUGGGAAAAUGCAUCGUUUGAAUAUUUUAUAUUAUAUAUUACCCGUAACAAUCUGUUUUCUUUUUCAGUGUUCAUCCUCAUCUUUUCUUUUGAUUCAUUAGAAGAAGUGUUCCGUGAAACAGCUGUAUGUAAUUUUAUAUGCUUUUUGACUGAUUGAUAUAAGUAGUUGUAGAUACUAAUCACAUCAACCAUCACGUCCCCAGCUCGAUCAGGAAACUA